UCGAAACUUCUCUUGCCUUUGUUUUCCACUUCUCAUUCUCUUCUAUUCCUCGCUCGUUCACUCAUUCAAACGUCGCCUUUGAUUCACUACUUGUGUUGUAUUGUGAUAUCCUUCCAUGUAACAACCGAUACCAACAUGUUGUAAUAAGAGUAUCUGGUAUACCAGCCCGCCAUAUUCAUUUAUUUCAAUACCGUUUCUUUAUUUUUCAAAUCGAGCUGUUUCCCAGCGGGCCUGGCCUCAGAUCGACCUUGAUACCCAUCAAACCAUUUACGUCGCUUAUCGAAACAGCGACCUUCUUUUUGAAACAUUAAACAUCACAGCGGACCUCCAUGAUGUUUCUCUUUUCUUUUGUCCCUUUCUUUUUGUUCUGGAGUCCGGUCUCGGCUCUGCAGGUCACACCCAACUCUCCCUGUUCCCAGUUCUGCCUUGACCGGUCCGAUCCCGAUUCCUACGAAACCCGUGGCGACGAGAUUGUCUGCGACGAUAAUGACUUCAAGAGGAAGGCAGAUGGCCAGAAGUUUCAAAGAUGCCUGGCCUGUUUGCAGGACAGUACUUUCAAGCAGGGCGAUGAAAGUGACCAAGAUUGGUUCUUGUACAAUAUGCGUUACUCUUUCGACUACUGUAUCUUCGGCUACCCAAAUGCAACCGGCAUCAGUUCCGGCCCCUGUGUCACAUCUGAAGCUUGUGGUCCGAUUGGGAAUGCUCUGAAGAAGGGCAUCACCGAGCCUAACGACAGAGAGCAGUAUGAUUACUGUGACACUGAUGACAAAGCUAUGCUUGGUGACGCAGUUGAUAAAUGCCAGGCAUGUGUCAAGGCAGAUAGCUCUCAGACAAUCAUAUCGAAUUUCCUUGUUGCUCUCAAUGCUGGAUGCCAACAGCGUCCCAGACCAGGAACACCUAUAGGGCUUAAUGACACCGUUUUCAGCGAGGGGACCAUCUCGAUUGUAGACCCAUCUUCCUCGGUUGCACCAGGAGAUAACCACGACCUUCCCAACACCUCAAUUGCUGCCAUUGCGAUUGGUGCCGCCGCCUUCCUUCUCAUUUCUGCCGGUUGUAUCUUCAUGCAACAUCGCAAGCGCAGAAAGCUUUCUCUUCGCAUCAGACGCUCUUCUCUCUCGUUCCGUUGCCAGACACAUGUUACACCAAGGACCCCUGGCUUCCACGACCUCCCCCCAUAUAUGGAUGAAGAGCGAAACUUGUCAAAAUCUGCACUUUGGAACCCACGUAGCGCAGUGAGAAAUCUACACGAUACCCACAAACUUGGCAUUGUCACUACCGCUAUCCCGCACCCGCCUCCGGCAAAAGCUCCUCUACACACACCCUAUCGCGAGGAUGCAUCUCCGACAGAAAGUGUAUCAAGCUGUACGAACGCACCCUUAUUGUCAAACUCAGCUGGGCCACAAUGCAGUACACCAGCUAUCACAUCCCCGCUAUUUAGUCCUGGUUUCUCUAUCACAACACCCCGUUCAGCUACAUUCCCACGUGAAUGCCACGAUAGCAACAAUCCUUGGGUGCAACAACCAAGUAAUGGUUCGGGCAAAGGCUUUCUGAGGAAAAAGCAGUCCAGAGAUUCACAAGCUCCCACCGAAACACGAAAUAUUCAGAUUGUCUUUGAUCCACCACCCAAAAAGGCCAGACGAUCGUAAGGUUCAUGU